AUGGAUAUCGCGAACUCAAAUCUGGUCCAGUGGAUCGCCAGCAUACAUGCUGCUGGCGACGAUCCCUUAGAAGGCUUCGUCGACGCGCCCGAAGCAUCUGGCAUCACUCUCACGCAGCAGGAGAUCAACCGCAACCUGAUCGAAAAGGCCAUCUCUACUUUGCGCGGAAUUGAGUCGGAAGCAAGUUUUCAAGAGAAGGACUUACGAGAGCCUUUCGUGCGGAGCUCUCUCAGAGCACCACAUCAUCGCCUUCGAGAUGGUGCGUUGCCUUGGCAGGUUGUUAAUCACCGUUUCGCGGCCGAGAGAAGUGCUUCUGCGUCCGUGGAACCAGAUGUGAUCCAGACUACUGCGGUAGACAGAGGCAGAAAGCGUCCUCAUCCAGGUGACGAUGUCGCGGCCAUGGAGAAGCGCAAGCGGCGGCGAAGGGUGUUGAGCGAGGAACCGGAUGACGAUGAACGGCCGAACCCACGAUCCGCAACUUCCAAAUGCCGACAGAGAGUUUUGGCUGGUAUCUGGCCUCGUGAUGGGUUCCACGGUGUCCUUCGGAGAGGCGACCUCGUGCGAAGAUGA